AUGAUCCAAGCGCAUCAUAACAUCCAAGGACGACCUUUCAAGGAAGUGUGGAAAGAUGUCUGGUCAGACCUCGGAUCCUUCUAUCAUGCAAUGCGAGAGCUGAAGCACGGUGUGGAUAAAAUGGAUCUGCAGAUCUUCGCAGAGCAGCCCGACGGUCGCAAGGAAGAAACGUUCUGGAAUGGGACACUGCUACCCAUACGAGGGGAGAAUGGCCACGUCGCAGGAUUCUACAACAGGGCGACCGAAACAACCAAUGAGAGGGUCAAUGAGAGAAGGUCAAACACCCUCUAUGCAAUAUCUUCUUCACCGGACCAUGUCAGCGACUCGAUAUGGCAGCACGUAUUCCAGGCCCUUGGACAAAACGAGCAAGAUUUCCCCAUGGCAUUCGCUUAUUCGGCAGAGGAUAGCCCUUCAUCCUGCAUAUUGACCUUACAAGAAUCGCUCGGACUGCCUCCAGAUGGCAAUGCUCUUGUUCCACCGCGGGUCGACAUCUAUGGAGGAUCUACAGGCUUCCCCUUCUACUAUCGCAAAGUCAAGGCCACUCACAAGCCUCUCAUUCUUCACAAGGCCAACGGAUCUCUCCCCGACGCACUUCUCGACGGCUUUGUCUGGCGCGGAUAUGGUGAAAGGCCGGUCAGCAUGGUUUUGAUUCCAGUUUCCGUCAGCAGCAGGCUAAUCGGUAUCCUUGUCUUUGGGUGGAACCCGCGGAGGCGAUACCGGCCUGAAGACGACGUGUUCGUUAACGCCCUCUGUCGGCAAGUAUCAGCAACGAUAUCUUUUGCCAUUGAUCGCGAGGAAGCGUACCAGCGGGCCGAAAGAAUGACAUUGCAACUAGCAGAUCGGGAAAGGCAGAUCAGAGAAAUUGCAGAACAUGGUCCGGUUGGCAUGAUCCGGCUCACACCUGACGGUAAUAUCGUAUGGGCGAACUCCCAGUUCUAUGCCAUUACCAGCCACUCGAUUGAUGACCAGUACGAGUACUCCUUCACCGAGGUCCUUCAUCCUGAUGACCGCGAGAUGGGCAUGGAGUUCUGGUAUAACAUGGUCGAUCAGCACAAAUCCAGUGAACAAGAAUUUCGUCUGAACCGCACAUGGAUUCCUCCGCCGACUACAGGCAAUCCCAAGCCGCAGCAAGAGUAUUGCUGGAUCUUGUCAAAUGCCUUCCCCGUGAUCGAGAAUGGCAUAAUACAGAGCGUGGUCGCCUGCGUCACCGACAUCAGCCGGACCAAGUGGGCAGAAGAGGUCCAGAGUCGUCUGGCAAUUGAAGCCACCGAAGCUCGUAAACUCCAGGAAGCUUUCAUUGACGUCGUUUCGCAUGAGAUGAGAAAUCCUCUGUCAGCAAUCACCCAACUCGCCGAUGGAAUUGCUGCAUCCCUGGACGGCUACAGUCGACAUGAUGGUUCCAUCGACGCUACUCUUGAAAUCCUUGGAGAAAACGUCGAGAAUGCGAAAACGAUAUUGCUCUGUGCCGCCCACCAGAAGAGAAUAAUUGACGACGUUCUUACCCUGUCGAAACUCGACUCCCAGCUUCUGUCCAUCACGCCAGUUGUGGUCCAGCCGCAGGGUGUCGUGGAAUCUGCCCUGACAAUGUUUCGCGCCGAAUUCGACAGAAACGCGAUAUCUGUCGAAAACAUCGUCGACGAGAUGUAUACCCAAUGUGGUGUGGACCGAGUCUCAUUAGAUCCAUCUCGGCUCACGCAAAUUUUCAUCAAUCUUCUCACCAACGCUAUCAAGUUCACAAAGACUGAGCAAGUCCGGAAAAUUACUAUCCGACGAUCAGCGUUUAUCCAUCACCCUCCACCACCUCUAGACGGCAUCAAGUGGUUCCCAAGUGAGCAAGCCCGAAAGGACAUAACAUCAUCGGACGACUGUGCGAGUGGUGACCCUGUCUAUCUGCUCUUCUCAGUUUCGGACACUGGAAAGGGCAUGGAACCAGAAGAAAUGGCAAGGCUGUUUCACCGCUUUCAGCAAGGCACGGAGAAGACGCAUAUCAAAUAUGGCGGCUCAGGACUGGGACUUUUCGUCUCUCGCGAACUCACCGAGAACAUGGGAGGCGAGAUCGGAGUGGCCUCUACUCCUGGGAAAGGGAGCACAUUUGCCUUCUACAUCAAGACUCAUAAAGCUCCUCCGGAACCCGCUCAGAUCCUCCAAGGAGCUACCUCACCAGCUACUUCGCGACGCCCUUCCCUGUCGCGCCAGAGGACAAUUUCAAGAUCCCAGAAGCCCCAAACUACGUUGGGGACGGAGCCGGCCCCAAUCCAUGUUCUCCUCGUGGAGGACAAUGUCAUCAACGCGCAAGUCCUCACCAGGCAGCUGGAACGGAUGGGUUGCACAAUCUACACUGCCAACCAUGGAGCCCAGGCGUUGGAUCUUCUCCCGCAGCUGAAGGCGUGGCGAGGUCCAGACAGCCUACUGCCUGAAUCCAGAGACCCAUCUUCCGAUUCUGGCCUCGACAUCGACUGUAUAUUGAUGGACGUGGAAAUGCCGGUCCUGGACGGGCUGAGCUGCACGCGACGAAUCCGCGAGCUCCAACAGCAAGGCCGACUGACCCGCCAUAUCCCCAUCAUCGCCAUCACCGCGAAUGCGCGGGUUGAGCAGAUCGAAGCGGCGUUUGAAGCCGGCGUCGAUGCUGUACUGCCCAAGCCGUUUCGGGCAAUAGAUGUGCUCUCCAAAAUAGACGAGCUGAUGAGCUUAGAUGCUCUUCGACGACUUGGUAUAUCAUGA